CCUCGCGCGCUCUCCUCCUCUCGGCUCUCGGCGAUCUCGUCGUUCUGCGAAGGUCGGAACUGCUCUCCGACGAACACGAACGGGCACAGCUGCGAGGGUCCUUCCCUUCGAUUUUUAUUGCGGUGAUCUCAUUCCUUUCUUUUUUCUCUUGUUUCGUUUCGCUUGGUUCUUCAUCCGUCGAAAUUUUGAUUCGGGUUCAGAAAUUUUGUUGGUCUUGGGGUUCUUUUAAUCGAUUCUUGGUUGUCGGCUUUCUUGUGGGAAGAUCGAUCUUUCUGGUUUUCUCGAUCGUUUUUCGUCACCACGCCAGUCUCGUUCUGGUUUCGAUUGGAAAAUAUGUCUUCUUCGCGUUCUAGGCGUGUGGAGUACGACCGCUUCAUCCCGUUCCGGUCGGCGAUGGACAUGGACUACGCACGCUUUGCCCUAACCGGGCCUUCGAGACCGCAGCGUGAUGGUUCGAGGGAAUCCCCAUCGAGCGUGGCGUACCAAAAGCUUCUUGAUGACUGCAUUUUGAAGAACAGUUCUCGUAUCCUCGCUUUCAAGACUGCACCUGAAGCGCCGGUCAGCAAGCUGCCCCAGUUUGACGAGCCCAUUCGGCCGCAGAAGAAGCAACAGAGGCGAAUCCCGAAAGAACCAGAGAGGGUUUUGGUAAUCCACGGCUUGUUGGAUGAUAAUGUUUUGAAUCUCCUCGACUGGGGAAGCAAUAAUGUGUUGGCGAUUGGCCUUGAGGACGCAGUGUAUCUCUGGGACGCUGCAAACGAGUCGACUAAGGUUCUACAACCCGUAGAAGACAGAGGACCUAUCACUUGCGUCCGAUGGUCGCCAGACUGUGCAGUUCUUGCUGUCGCAUUUGGCAAUUCAGAUUUAGCCCUGAUUGAUCCAGCAACAGGACAUUUCGUGGAUGGGAUGGAAGAUGAGAACCAGGCCCCUGUGUUGUCACUUGCGUGGAGAAGUAAUUCAAUCUUGACGGUCGGAAGAUUUGAUGGCACUAUUGUUGAUUAUGACUUUAGAAAGGAUGACAUGUUCAUCUGUUUCUACAAUGGGCAUCGGCGUGGAGUUUGUAGUCUUAAAUGGUCCGUGUUGUCAGGGCGAUAUUUGGCGAGAGGAGGGCAGGACAAACUAGUGCACAUAUGGGAUGCCUGCAUGCCUGUCUCACGUCACCAUCCACGUCAACGUCAAUGGCUUCACAGGAUCAGCAGCCACACUUCCGUUGUGAAGGCCGUUGACCGGUGCCCAACUCGGAGCAACUUGUUGGCUUCUGGUGGAGGUUGCAAUGAUCACUGCGUUAAGUUUUGGAACACUAUUAAUGGUGCUUGCUUGAACUCGAUUGAUGCUGGCUCUGAAGUUUGUGCAUUGCUACGGGACAAAAACAAAUCUGAAUUACUGACCUCCCAUGGUCCGCCGAACAAUCAACUCACCUUGUGGAAUUACCCAUCCAUGACGAGAGUGGCUGAGGUUUUCGAUCAUUCAUCCCGGGUUCUUUCCUUGGCUGGGAGCCCACUGGGAGGUGUAGUAGCUUCUGCAGCAGCAGAUGAGACAGUCAGGUUUUGGAAUAUCUUUGAGACUCCCAAAAUAAUAAAACCUGAACUGCCCUUUGCCCAAUUUAAUGUCAUAAGAUGAAAAGGCAGAUUGGUGGAAAUGAUUAAGAUUCCAAAUGGAAGACUUCUCUAGUGCUUGACAUGAAGAUCUGUUGUUGGUAGCAUUGCGAUGGGAAGUUUCGUGGUGUCAAAGAGGCAGCACAUUUUCAUACAAGCGUAUAGAUUUGAGAUCUUCAAAUACGAGCGCUACUGUCUAAGAAAGUUCCAGAGCUUGAUUGAGAUAAAUAAGAAGCUGCAGUGAAGCUCAUGGCCAAAAGUGCGUGCACCCUUUGCAACAAGGGGAAGGGACAAAGAGACUUAGAGCAUUGAUAUUUCACUUACUGCAAUUUGAGAAUCAGGUUCAAGUAUCCUUUCUUUGUUGAAUAUUUUGGUUACUCCUUUACUAGAAAGUAUCUAUGGUGGUUUCUCAAAUUUUAUCAUUGAAAAGUCUAGUGCUCUAAUUAAUUCUCUUUCUUGUCUAACUUCUGACCUGUCCCUUAACAUUCUGUAAUAAGCAAGGUUCAUUACGUAUAAUUGCACCUUAUUAUUUGAUUCAAUUUUGGUAAGAACAUGACACCAAAGGAAUAGGCACAUU